GUGCCCCAUCUUCAGCAUCGAGUACGACCGCUUCCUCCGCUGGUGUUGGCCAACACUCCCGCUUCCUCCGCUGGUGGUGGCCAACACUUACUCGCUCCGCGUUAACAGCCCGGCUGGACCCCCCACGGCUCUGCUGGUUCAUAGGGCCAUCAGUGACGCCCUGGUCGAGCAGCACGCUUUCGACACCGACUCAGAUCCAUUGGCCGAGAAGGAGUAUUGCCGCAUGCCGGGUGAUGUCGCGGUCGGGUUCGGUUACCCUUGGCUCGUCAAGUGGGGUGCCAAGUUGUCUGAUGGUGCAGUGCUGCGUCAGGGCACAGGGGUGAUCCGGCUGCGCAGAGACCAGGAGACAGACGCGGGGGCUAUCCCAGUGAAGUGGCGCACUGCACGGCAGGGUGGGCGGAACUUCCGCAAGGCCGUGUCGCUCCAGGAGCACCGCGACUUCAGGGACUCACUGCUGAUGGGAGAAGCGAGUCUCCCUUGGCUGCUCGCCGAGGUGCCCCAGUCUGCCGAGGGGGAUGGUGCCCCGCCACCACGCGUGGCUCGCGGGCCGUGGGAUUCCUCCGGGGGUCGCAGUAUCCAUGGGCAUCUCGUGAUAUCCAAGGUUCUCGACCUCGCCGUGGAGUUGGGCCAGCUCGCUGUCAUGACUCUCGCCUCCUUUGAGCUGCUCGGACGGCGGCUGCAACUCAUGGAGCAGGCGCGCGCAUGCAAUCCCAGCAACCCAGACUACGCCAGCUCGGGCGAUUUCGUGGGUUGGGGUAUCCAGCGCGGAGCUGCUCUAGUGGCUCCGCACAGCAAGAAGCGCGCUGCCGAAGCCGCCUGUGACCGCGCUGCG